GCACGGUGUAAACAAUCGAGUCAUGGAAAUAGGAAUGAACCCCCCCAAUUGAAAGUAUUAAAUGGAUUUAAAAGUAACAUUUCUUCUGAUUAAGAAUAGUGUAAUGUCGCAGGUGAUAUUUUAAAUUAACAUAGUGUGGGCUGGUGCGUGUGUCCGCCAUGCCGUAUCUGGGUAGUGAGGACACGGAGCGGGAGCUGAGGAGGGCUCUGUGUAACCCCCACAUCCAGUCCGACCCGCUGCGAUACCGGAACACCGUGCUCAAGGUCCUCCGGGCGAUGUCUCAGGGUGUGGAUGUGUCCGGCCUGUUCAGUGAGAUGGUGAAAGCGUGUGCCACUGCUGACAUCGUCCAGAAGAAACUGGUCUACGUGUUCCUGUGUUCCUACGCCGCUCUAAACCCUGAGCUGUCUCUGCUGGUCAUCAACACGCUGAGGAAGGACUGCCAGGACCCCAACCCCAUGGUGCGCAGCCUGGCUCUCAGGAACAUGACCAACCUCCGGUUGCCCAGUCUGGUGGAGUAUGUGGAGCAGCCUCUGACUGCAGGCCUAAGGGACAGAGCGGCCUGUGUUCGACGCGUGGCUGUUCUUGGCUGGGCCAAAAUACACAACCUCCAACCCAACUCUGAGACAGGUGGGGGGGACUCUUACUUUCUUUCUUUCCUAACUUUUAAACA